AUGGCCUUCAUCGAUACAACCAAGGAUCUUCCCACGCUGUUCAAGCGCCAAGCGCAAGCAACACCCGAUGCGAUUGCUUUGGAAGACGAGACUUGCACAUAUACUUAUGCUCAACUUGACCACCAGGUCGAGUCUCUGGCGAGUCACCUGCGACUCCACGGUGUCAGUCGGGACUCACUCGUCGGAGUUUUGCUGCCUCGCAGCGCUCACUACGUGAUUGCCUGUCUGGCGACCUUGCGCGCAGGUGGAGCUUUCUUGGUCCUGGAGUUGGCAUAUCCCGCAGGACUGCUGGCCGACGUGAUCGAGGAUGCCAAACCAGCGGUGGUGAUCACGGUCCAAAGCGAGGCUCCGCGUGUCAAGUCGGCUUGCCCUCUUGUGGUGAUCGAUCAGCCCCUCGCAGAGGUCAACGGCCACACAAAAGAACCCGCCCCGUUGCCGGCCGAGGAUGAUCUGGAUCGCCUCGCCUUUGUGUCCUACUCAUCAGGUACGACGGGAAAGCCCAAGGGCAUUGCCAACCCACAUCGCGCCCCGGUGCUUUCCUACAAUCUGAGAUUUGCCGUGCAGGACGUGCAGCCGGGAGACCGCGUUGCCUGCAACGUCUUCUUCAUUUGGGAGAUGCUACGUCCCCUGCUGCGUGGUGCGACCGUCGUGGCGGUCCCCGAUGAUGCCAGCUACGACCCAGCCGCGCUGGUUGAUCUGCUGGCUGCUAAAAACAUCACCGAGACUCUCAUGACCCCCACGUUACUCGCCACUGUGCUCGCGCGCUAUUCGAAUAUCUCCAGCCGGUUACCCAAACUGCGUAAUCUGUGGCUGAAUGGGGAGGUGGUGACGACGGAUUUGGUUCGCAGAGCCAUCAAAGCUCUACCGAACACUCGACUCCUCAAUUGUUACAGUGCCUGUGAGACCCAUGAAAUCGCAUGUGGUGACAUUCGCGACGUAAUGAACCCCGAUUCCCUCUAUUGCCCCGUGGGCGCACCCCUCGAUCCUGCACACACGUAUAUUCUAGACGAGAGCGGGAAAGAAGUCGAGGCGGGCACGGCGGGCGAGCUCUUCAUCGGAGGAGAUCUUCUGGCCCGAGGGUACCUGAAUCUCCCCGAGACGACGGCCAAGACUUUCACCUCGGACCCCUUUGACUCCCAACCGGGUGCGCGCAUGUAUCGAACGGGCGACUUGGCUCGCAGGUUACCGUCGGGGCUUCUGGAGAUCACCGGUCGCGUGGGCUCGAUGAUCAAACUGCGGGGGUACUCCGUGGUGCCGGCCAAGGUGGAGAGCGAUAUUUGCCAGUAUUUGGCCGUCAGUCAUUGCGUGGUCAUCGCCCAUGGCGAGGGGCUCGAGCGACAGCUUGUUGCGUACUUCGUGUCGGAUAAAGAAGGCGCCGGCAGCAAACCCGCGGUGGAGAUCAACGGGACGGGACACAGCCCGGCGGCGCGUCGCAUCCUGGAGAAACAUCUUGCGCACUACAUGAUCCCCGCGCUGUGGGUGGAGAUGAAUGAAUUGCCUACCCACGAAGUGUCCGGCAAAGUCGACCUGAAGAGUCUCCCCCCUCCCCCCAGUGCCAGCCCAAGCGGUAGUGAGAAGGCAAUGGACAAGGACCCGAUCAGCCUCGGUGACGUGGCCGCCAUCUGGGCUACCGUGCUGAAGACCUCCAAGACUCUGCUCAAACCCGAAGACAACUUCUUUGAUUUGGGGGGCCACUCGCUGUCUCUGGCCGAUUUGGCCUCUCGAUUGUCCGCCCACUUUGGCUUCCGCGUGCCGAUCCCCCGCCUCGCGGAUAACACGACUCUGGCAGGCCACCUGCAGACAGUGCGUGAUGUUCGCGAUGGCCACACCGCGGCGGUGCAAGCCGAGCUGCCCGCUUUCCUGGUGGCGGAUUCCAAGCUGGAGGAUGAUAUUCAGCCCCCGUCCAACGUCUCCAUCACCUCGGUGACCGAUGCCAAUACCAUUCUCUUGACCGGUGCCACCGGCUUCCUGGGCGCAUUCUUGCUGAGCGAUCUCCUGGACAACACCACCGCCAAGAUUAUCUGUCUCGUUCGAUUCAACGACCCUGAAGACGAUGACCAGGCGAGCGGUGUCGCCCGUAUUCGCCGCAACCUGCUGGACCUGGGCCUAUGGCGCGAUACCCUGAUGGAGCGGGUCGAAAUCCUCCCCGGUAACCUGUCCAGACCUCAUUUUGGCCUUUCCUCCGAGGCCUUCGAUGAUCUUGCCGGUCGUGUUCAGGUGAUCGUUCAUGCUGCCGCCACCGUGAACUUGGUCUACCCUUACGCCGCGCUUCGCAAGGCAAACAUUGAUGGAACCCGCGAGAUUCUCCGCUUGGCUGCCAAGGGGGGUGCCACCGUGCAAUACGUCUCUACCAACGGUGUUCUGCCGCCGUCUGGUGAAAAGGGCUGGUCCGAACAUACUAUGCUGGACGUAAAGGAUGUGCCAACGAAACUGUUGGACGGUUAUGGCCAAACCAAGUGGGUGGCCGAGCAGUUGGUCCUGGAGGCGGGCAAGCGGGGCCUGCCUGUGAAGAUUCAUCGCUGUGGUACCAUUAGCGGUCAUAGUCUAACGGGUUCCGCCAACGCGUGGGAUCUACUGACUGCGCUGCUGGUCGAGUCGAUCCGUCUCGGAUACGCCCCCGAGGUUGAAGGGUGGCGCGCGGAGAUGACGCCGGUGGACUUUGUCAGCAAGUCGAUUGUUCACCUGGCCACCCAGACUCAAGCCGACGAAACUGUGUUCCAUUUGGGCGAUCCCAACCCCGUCAACACCCAGUCUGUGUUUGAGAACCUGAAUGAACUGGGCUACCCCACGAAGCCUCUGCCUUGGGAGGAGUGGGUGGCGCUAUGGUACGAGAAGCGCGGCUCGGCCAAGGGUGGAGAUGGAUCCUUUACGGUCGACAUUCUACGCAGCGGCAUGCCGACGGUCGAAUUCCUGCGAGGCAUUGUUGUUCUUGACAACGCUUUGACCCGGCCGUUCCGUGAGGUCGUCGAACGACCCAAGGUAGACAGUCUGCUGUUGGAGACCUACACACGCCACUGGUUUGCCCGCGGAUGGCUUCCGCAUGCCCCGUCUCGCCGGGACGCUCUGCACCGGCAGGCUGUGCAGAUCAAGAAAGGCCCCCUCAGCGGCAAAGUCGCCGUCGUCACGGGAGCGUCCUCCGGCAUCGGUGCAGCCGUGGCCGAGGCCCUGGCCAAGAAGGGAUGUUCCGUUGCCCUGGGUGCUCGCCGUCUUGAUGCCUUGGAAUCUGUUAAGCGCCAAGUCGAGUCAUAUGGUGUCAAGUGCAUCAUUCGAUCCACCGAUGUCACGAGCAAGGCGCAAUCGGACGCGCUCAUUCAAGUGGCCAAUGAUGAACUCGGCCCCGUGGACAUUCUCGUCGCCUGUGCGGGUGUGAUGUACUUCACCAUGAUGGCCAACGUGCAGACCGAGGAGUGGGAGCGAACCGUCGACGUCAACUGCAAGGGUCUCCUCAACGCGCUCUCGGCCACCGUUCCCGGAAUGCUCUCGCGUGGUCAGGGUCACAUUGUGGCCAUCUCUUCCGAUGCGGGCCGCAAGGUCUUCCCUGGUCUAGGAGUGUACUCGGCCAGUAAAUUCUUCGUCGAGGCCACCCUUCAGGCUCUUCGUCUCGAGACUGCGGGCAUGGGCUUGCGAGUGACCAGCAUUCAGCCGGGUAACACCUCCACACCCCUCCUGGGCAUGUCGACCGACGCCGAGGCUGUGAAGAAAUAUGGGGAGCCCUCGGGUGCCAAGAUUUUGGAGCCGUCCGAUGUGGCCAAUUCGAUUGUGCAUGCGCUGUGUCAACCGGAAUACGUCUCUGUCAACGAGAUUUUGGUUGAACCGCGCGACGAACCUAUUUGA